UUUUAUAACGAACAACUUUGCUGAAGAAGGCAUCUUUCUAUCUCCAGCCGUUUAAAAGUUAUUCACGAUUUACUGAGUCUCAGUAGUACGAUAGUUGGGAACAAACAAUGACCUAUCUACAAAUCAGCACAUACUAACUGAGUUUCACCCAAGCAGUAGCUCUGACAACGCUUUUGUAUUUUUUGUUUGUUUCGUUUCGAAGUUUCUAGAAUUCACCCAGGGCCUAUAUAAGAGGAAUGGUAUCGAGAGUUGGUUUCAGUUUCCUUCCAAUUCUAUAACAAUUCAUACGAAAUCAGUACUGAAAAAGAAAAUGUCAUCAAAAAACAAAUUAAGGGACAUCAUAACUGGCAUUGCAAGGAGAAACCUUCCAAAAAAUCAUUUGCCGUCGGAGUUGGAUAUUGUCAGCUUUUAUCGGUUUCAGUGUGAAAACCGAACAUUUUCUGCCACACAAAGCCUCGGAAUUGUGGCCACCGAAACUGUGUCUAUUUGGAAUCAAGCCGGCUUACCACAUCAGCUCAAACGGAAUGUAAUUCGAAAGAUUGCUAAGCUCAUUUCAACUUGGAAGUGCAUAAGAAAGUCGUGUAUGAAGAAAGGUUCAGACCCAUUAUCCUUAAAGGCUUUCAAGAACCGGAUGACACAUUUCUUCAACAUUAGUAAUAUCCACAUUGAAGCUGAACUGCAAAACGAUAACUCGCGGCUUCAAUUUUGGCAACAACAAGUGGCCAACAAAGCUCCUAUUGAAUUUCCAGAAAACUACUUAAACAGUGUUCCGUUAGCCUGCAAGCAGUGUAGCAUGGAGAAAAAAUCAAAAAAAGGCAAAAACUUAAAGUGUCAUGUGGAACGAAAGGCUACAAUACGAGAAGUAAUCGUGGAUAAUGAAAGAAUUGUGCCGGACCAAAAUAAGCGGAUUAAGUUGAUGACAAAAGGCAUUAUCGAAAACAUAGAUAGAACCCAGGUAUCUAAUCGUGGAGCUGUUGGCGUUCUGGCGGCCACAGCAGUUGCUAUCGGUUUGGAUGCCGAAAACGUGAGUUUAAGCAAAUCAACAAUUCAUAGAAAACGCAAAACGGUAUGAUAUUUCAUCUAUAUGUUAUAAUAUUGUAUAUUAAAAAGUAUGACACAUUUCUUAAGGUGCGCCAAGAAAUCGUAAACGGAAUUCAGGAACAUUUCCACAAAGAAAAUGCUUUGGUUGUUCACUUUGAUUCCAAGAAACUGAAGUUCAAUCGGAAACAAACUGAAAAAAUUGCAGUUGUUGUUACCGGAAUGGAUGGAUUGGAUCAAAUUAUCAACAGUGUUUUCCUUCAAUGCGGAACAGGAAAAGCCGUUGCUGAAGCAGUUUUUGAGACUUUGCAAUGCUGGAAUCUAGAUGGUGUUAUCAUCGGAAAAUGCUAUGAUACUACAAAUGUGAAUUCUGGAGAGAAAAAUGGAGCUGCUGUUAUCCUUGAACGAAUGUUAGGAAGAAAGUUAUUAGAUUUACCUUGUAGACAUCAUAUUUAUGAGUUGGUACUUGGCACAGCUUAUAAAACUUGUUUCGGUCGAGUUACGACUUCACCAGACGACAUGCUGUUCAAGUCGUUCCGUGACGAAUGGGACAGAUUGGACAAAAGCGUAUAUUCUGGCUUCCCUGCAGGUAAAAUUGCUGAAACUGAAAAGGUAAACAUCGUUUCCUUUUGCAAUCGGAUGCUGUUGCAAACCCACAUUCGUGAAGACUAUGCUGAGUUUCUCGAGCUAACCCUAGUGUGCUUAGACGAUAGCAAAGCAGUUACGUUUCGUCGUCCUGGUGCACUGCACCAUGCUAGAUUUAUGGCUAAAGCCAUUUACAGCCUUAAAAUGUAUCUUUUUCGAGAUCAGUUUAUGCCAGAUUGUGAAAAACUUGAAAGAUUCGUUCUUUUCGUUGUACUAAUUUACAUCAGGGGAUGGUACAAAGCUCCGAUUGCAACAGAUGCACCGUUGAAUGAUUUGAAGUUCAUGCGAGCUUUGAAGAACUAUGAUGACAAAGAGUUAGGCCAAAAAACAUACCAGAAAUUCAAAAAGCAUCUAUGGUAUCUGUCGGAGCUAAACAUCAGCCUUUCGUUUUUUGAUGAUAACGUUAAUGUAGAGUUGAAAAGAAAAAUGGUACGGAAUUUGAAGACGCCAAGUAAUAAACAGCACAUGCUAAGAGUAAAAAAAUGUGCUAUUGAAGGAGGUUUAGAAGUUUAUGUCACAGAAAACUCAUUGAAGUUUUUUGAAAUUCUGAAACUUGAUUGCAGUUUCCUGCACGAAGAUCCAACCACCUGGAACAACAGAAAUGAUUUUAUCGCAGCAAAAACCAAAUGCCGUUGUUUGUGUGUUACAAACGAUCCAGCAGAACGAGCUCUUGGAGUAGCAACAAACAAGAAAAAUAUGACAGUUCUAACAGCAAACAAAGAAAAAUUUUGUAAACAUAGCACCAACACUGAUGGGGAUGGAGAGGGCUAUACAAUGAAUUUGGUCCACAGACAGACCAAGAAAAGUUUCAUCUGCUAA